GUCCUCGCCCAAGCUUGGUGAUGCAUCGUGGGUAGCCACAAUACUGUGGCUCCUCUCUGGGGCCCAGCAGAGGGGACAAUUUGCUCACAAGUUCAUGUUACUGACCUCAAUGAUCAUCUAUCUCCCCUCUGGAGGAAAGAUCCGGAAACCAGGUACCUUGUCCAGCUGGCUGAAUAGACAGAAAGGAGUCCUUCUCCGCCUUCAGUGGACCCAUCUGCUCGGUUAAGGAGCCCCCGUGGAGCCAGGGGUGGAACCAGUGUUCGGCCCAAAGAGGCCCUGGAAGAGCCAUGGCAGGUGUCUGUGACAGGACCCCCAAUUUCCUCUCCCCGUCUGAAGACCAGGACUUGGGGCCUGCCCUUGGCAGUGCAGUUGCUUUGAAUUGCACAGCAUGGGUGGUCUCUAGGCCCCAGUGUCCCCAGCCCUCAGUACAGUGGCUAAAAGAUGGUCUUCCACUGGGCAAUGAAAGCCACUUCAGCCUCCAUCAGGACUUUUGGGACAGUGCCAACUUCUCAGAGGUUGUGUCCAGUGUUCUGGUGCUCAACUUGACCAAUACUGAGGACUAUGGAAGUUUCACCUGCUCUGUCUGGAAUGUCAGCUCCCACUCCUUCACUCUUUGGAAAGCUGGCCCUGCUGGCCAUGUGGUUGCCGUGCUGGCCUCCCUCCUGGUCCUGCUGGUGCUGCUGCUGGUGGCCCUGCUCUAUGUUAAGUGUCGCCUGAAUGUGCUGCUUUGGUACCAAGACAACUAUGGGGAGGUGGAGAUGAAUGAUGGAAAGUUAUACGAUGCCUACGUGUCCUAUAGCGACUGCCCGGAGGACCGCAAAUUUGUGAAUUUUAUUCUGAAGCCUCAGCUGGAGCGGCGUCGGGGAUACAAGCUCUUCCUGGAGGACCGUGAUCUCUUGCCGCGCGCGGAGCCCUCUGCCGACCUUCUGGUGAACCUGAGCCGCUGUCGGCGCCUCAUCGUGGUUCUUUCAGACGCCUUCCUGGGCCGGGCUUGGUGUAGCCAGAGCUUCCGGGAGGGACUAUGCCGCCUGCUGGAGCUCACGCGCAGACCUAUCUUCAUCACCUUCGAGGGCCAGAGGCGUGAGCCCAUGCACCCCGCUCUCCGUCUCCUGCGCCAGCACCGCCACCUUGUGACUCUGUUGCUUUGGAAGCCUGGCUCCGUGACGCCUUCCUCCGAUUUUUGGAAAGAGCUACAGCUGGCACUGCCACGGAAGGUGCAAUACAGACCUGUGGAGGGAGACCCCCAAACGCGACUACAAGAUGACAAAGAUCCUAUGCUAAUCGUGAGAGGAAGAGCUGCCCAGGGCCGCGCCAUGGAGUCAGAACUGGAUCCAGACCCUGAGGGAGAUCUGGGUGUCCGUGGACCUGUCUUUGGGGAGCCACCAACCUCACUGCAUGCAAGCAAGAUCUCCGGAGAAGGCCCCGGCAGUGAAAUGGACGUCUCCGACCUUGGCUCUCGAAACUACAGUGCACGCACAGACUUCUACUGCCUCGUGUCUGAGGAUGAUGUGUAGCCCUUACCCUAGCAGCCCAGAUCAUGGGGCCACGGCAGCAAUUUCCAGGGUAGAGGCAGGCACCCCUUCUCCCUAGGACCGUAACCCUCGCCUGUAGCCCUGGACCCCUCAGGGAAGGAGUGUGGCUCCAGGGUCUCACAAAAUAAAAUCCUCUUUGC